AUGAUGACCCAGAUAGAGACAACAUUACAUUAUGAUAACGGAUUCAUUGAUGAUGAGGAGGACUACAUGUUGCAGGAGGAUGAGUGGGACAGGGACUUGUUGCUGGACCCCGCCUGGGAGAAACAGCAAAGGAAGACCUUUACAGCUUGGUGCAACUCCCACCUGAGGAAAGCAGGAACACAGAUUGAAAACAUAGAAGAUGACUUCAGGAAUGGCCUCAAACUCAUGCUUCUUUUGGAAGUUAUUUCAGGGGAGAGGCUACCCAAGCCAGACAGAGGGAAAAUGCGUUUUCACAAGAUUGCCAAUGUCAACAAAGCCUUAGACUUCAUCACAAGCAAAGGAGUAAAACUGGUCUCUAUUGGAGCUGAAGAAAUUGUGGAUGGUAACGUUAAGAUGACUCUUGGAAUGAUUUGGACUAUCAUCCUCCGCUUUGCCAUCCAGGACAUCUCUGUAGAAGAAACAUCUGCAAAAGAAGGCCUUCUCUUAUGGUGCCAGAGAAAGACUGCCCCCUACAGAAAUGUUAAUGUCCAGAACUUUCAUGUUAGCUGGAAGGAUGGAUUGGCCUUCUGUGCCCUGAUUCACAGACACAGACCUGACCUCAUCGACUACGCUAAGCUCAACAAGGAUGAUCCUAUGGGAAACCUGAACCUGGCCUUUGAAAUAGCUGAGAAGCACCUGGAUAUUCCCAAGAUGCUGGACGCAGAAGAUAUCAUCAACACCCCCAAGCCUGAUGAGAGAGCUAUCAUGACCUACGUGUCCUGCUUUUAUCACGCCUUUGCUGGAGCUGAGCAGGCUGAGACAGCGGCCAACAGGAUCUGUAAAGUGUUGGGUGUGAACCAGGAGAAUGAAAAACUUAUGGAGGAAUAUGAAAGGCUGGCAAGCGAGCUAUUGGAGUGGAUCCGGAAGACCACCCCAUGGCUGGAGAACAGGACUCCAGAGAAGACCAUGGUUGAAAUGCAAAGGAAACUGGAGGAUUUCAGGGACUACCGCCGCAUGCACAAGCCCCCCAAGGUGCAGGAAAAGUGCCAGCUCGAGAUCAGCUUCAACACCCUGCAGACCAAGCUGCGCAUCAGCAACCGGCCGGCCUUUAUGCCCUCUGAGGGAAAGAUGGUGUCUGACAUAGCCAGUGCCUGGCAGGGACUGGAGGGGGCAGAAAAAGGCUACGAGGAGUGGCUUCUGACAGAGAUUCGCAGGCUGGAACGACUGGAUCACCUGGCUGAAAAGUUUCGUCAGAAAGCCACCACCCAUGAGACCUGGGCUAAUGGGAAAGAGCUGAUUCUCUCUCUGAAGGACUAUGAAACGGCCAGCCUGACUGAGGUACGGGCGUUGUUAAGGAAACACGAUGCGUUUGAGAGCGACCUGGCUGCUCAUCAGGACAGGGUGGAACAGAUUGCUGCCAUUGCCCAGGAGCUCAAUGAGCUGGACUAUCACGAGGUGGCGGCUGUCAACCAGAGAUGUCAGAGCAUCUGUGACCUGUGGGAUCAACUUGGUACACUGACCCAAAAGAGGAGAGAGGCUCUGGAGAGGACAGAGAAGCUGCUGGAAACUAUUGAUCAGUUGUUCCUUGAGUUUGCCAAAAGAUCAGCGCCUUUCAACAACUGGAUGGAAGGGGCUAUGGAGGAUCUACAGGACAUGUUUAUUGUACACACUAUUGAGGAGGUCCAGAGCCUGAUCUCUGCACAUGAGCAGUUCAAGGCAACACUCCCAGAGGCCGAUGGAGAGAGACAGGCAAUACUAGGGAUCCAAAACGAGGUGCAGAAAAUCUCUCAGAGCUACAGCAUCAAGGCUAAUCUGAUCAACCCUUACAGCACAAUCACCACAGAGGAGCUUCUUGCAAAGUGGGACAAGGUGAAGAAGCUGGUUCCUCAGAGAGAAGGUUCCCUUCAGGAGGAACUAGCCCGGCAACAUGCUAACGAGAGGCUGAGACGGCAGUUUGCUGCUCAGGCUAACCUCAUUGGACCCUGGAUACAGACAAGAAUGGAGGAGAUUGGGCGCUGCUCCCUGGAGGUGGGUGGUACCCUGGAGGACCAGAUGACCCAGCUGAAGCAGUUUGAGCAUGUUAUCGUCACCUACAAGCCCAACGUCGACAAGCUGGAAGGAGACCACCAGCUCAUCCAGGAGUCCUUGAUUUUUGAUAACAAGCACACCAACUACACCAUGGAGCACAUCCGUGUGGGCUGGGAGCUCCUUCUCACAACCAUUGCCCGAACCAUCAAUGAGAUUGAGACCCAGAUCUUGACCCGUGAUGCCAAGGGCAUCAGCCAAGAACAGAUGCAUGAGUUCCGCUCUUCUUUCAACCACUUUGACCGGAAGAAACAUGGGGCUAUGGACACUGAUGACUUUAGGGCUUGUCUGAUCUCUAUGGGUUAUGAUUUGGGUGAGGUGGAAUUUGCCCGCAUCAUGAUGAUGGUUGACCCCAGUGCCACUGGCAUGGUGUCCUUCCAAUCCUUUAUUGAUUUUAUGACCCGAGAAACGGCUGAUACAGACACCGCUGAUCAGGUCGUGGCCUCCUUCAGGAUCCUGGCUGCUGAUAAGCCCUACAUCCUGGUUGAGGAGCUGAGGAGGGAGCUUCCCCCGGAGCAGGCUGAGUACUGCAUCUUGAGGAUGCCCCCUUACAGGGGCCCAGGGGGGCUCCCAGGGGCACUGGACUACACCGCUUUCUCCACUGCCCUAUAUGGAGAGAGUGACCUCUAACACUGCCAGAUUACCUUUAAACCCAAGCCGACACCUCUGGAUGAAAUCCCCCAAAUCAAACACAUUGUAGACUAAGUUAGCUAUGUUCAUUUCACAUUAGGUAUAUGAACGUUAUUGUACAUGUACCUGUUAUGUGUGGCACAACAGAUUCCCUCAUAUGAGUUCUGUGGUUAAUGUUAAAAGAUAGCUUUUGUUAAGUACAUUUACUUGUAAGCUAUAGGUGUUUGUCAUCAUUCAACAGUGUUUCUUUGCUGAUUACAGUAAUAGCAGCAGUUAUCUAGCUAGAACAGACAAAUGUCAGACUAAUAGUCAACAUUGCUUGUGAAUCUCUUUCAGUGGCUUAGUGGGAACUACGUCAUGAGUUCGGAUUUGGAAUGAGACAAACGGUUAAUGAUUAUUUACAUUUUGGUAUAUCUGUUUGCUCAUUUUGGAGAUUUGAUCUGAAAUAUUUUAGCUAUAGCUAAAAUUGAAUGAAUCUAAGUACGCUAUUACAUGAAUCUUGAAUGAAUCUAAGUAAGUAAUCUAAGUAAGCUAUUACACAAUCUAAGGGGGAACAAAAGGUGUCUGAUUAAGGCUGAUGAAUGCAUACUUUGUAAUUUUGAGCAAUGAUCCAAUAAACAAAUUUUUCUUGAUUAUCA